AUGAAGAAUAGGUUUGAUAUGGAGAUGUGUUUCAGAAUAUCUCUGAUGUUUCUGUUCAUAACUGCUGAUGUUGAUGGUCAGCAGGAUUGGGUGAAUUACAGCCCUUCAAAUGUUUGUGCGAUAAGAGGCUCAACAGUGAGAUUAUCUUGUACUUUAAAACCUCCCCAUGAUAGCAUCACAUCAGCCACCUGGACCAAAUUCGCAUAUACAGGACCAAACCUGUGCCCAGACACAAAUAACAGAGGAAAGGUUCAGUGUGUUUACAGUGACUCUAAAGACACUCACAGCUUAACUUUGACACAAGUGACAGAAGCUGAUAAAAACAUCUACUACUGUGGAUUUACAACAUACUGUGGAUACUUUUGUGUGGAUAAAAUAUGGACAGGGACUCCUGGAGUUCAGCUUGAUGUCACAGACCUGCAGGUGGAGACAAAUCAGAGAGUGAAAGAGGGAGAUUCAGUGACUCUUACAUGUAAAACCACCUGCAGACUGACUGAAGAAACAACAUUCAUCUGGUACAGAAACACACAGAGAUUCACUAAAGGAAGAAUUACAUUGAAUCAACUUCACCUGCAGUCAGUCAGUCGUGAUGAUUCAGGAGUUUAUAGAUGUGAUGCUGCUGUAAGAGGAUCUGAACGUCUCUCCUCUACUGAUGUUUAUCUUAAUGUAGAAUAUGAUGAUCAGCUGGGUUGGGGAGUGAAUUAUAAUCCUUCAUAUGUUUGUGCAUUAAGAGGCUCAACAUUGAGAAUAUCUUCUACAAUUAAAUAUCCUAAAGACCAUGUGGUCAAUAAAGCCGUCUGGACUAAAACUGCUGUAAUUGAUGGAGAACCACCUGACCUGUGUUUGGACCCAGAAAACAGAAGAGGAAUUCAGUGUUACACUGGAUAUAAAGACACUCACAGCAUCACUUUGACAGAUGUGACAGAAGCUGAUAAACACAUCUACUACUUCAGAUUCAUAACAGACUGUGGAUACAACUGUAAAAACAAUGUAUGGAGAGGGAUUCCUGGAGUUCAGCUUGAUGUCACAGUUUAUUCUGGACCAGAGGCAGACAAUCCAUGUGCCAUGAGUAAAAGUCCUCUCCCAGAGUUUGUUGUUGUUGUUGUUGUUGUUGUUGUUGUUGUUGUUGUUGUUGUUGUUGUUGUUGUUGUUGUUGUUGUUGUUGUUGUUGUUGUUGUUGUUGUUGUUCUGCUGUCAGACCUGCAGGUGGCGACAAAUCAGAGAGUGAAAGAGGGAGAUUCAGUGACUCUUACAUGUAAAACCACCUGCAGUCUGACUGAAGAAACAACAUUCAUCUGGUACAGAAACACAGAGAGAUUCACUAAAGGAAGAAUUACAUUAAAUCAACUUCACCUGCAGUCAGUCAGUCGUGAUGAUUCAGGAGUUUAUAGAUGUGAUGCUGUAAGAGGAUCUGAACGUCUUCUGUCCUCUCCUGAUGUGUAUCUUAAUGUAGAAUAUCCUCCUGAGAAAACUUCAUUGUCCAUCAAUGGAUCUGGUGAAAUAAUGGAGGGUGAUUCAGUGAAUCUGACCUGCAGCAGUGAAUCAAAUCCACCUGUUCACAACUACACCUGGUUUAAAGUGAAUGAAACAUCAUCUGUUGGAUCUGGACAGACGUACAGCAUCACUAACAUUAACUCCAGACACAGUGGAUGGUUUUACUGUGAGGCUCAGAAUAAAUAUGGAUCUCAGAGAUCAGCGGCUGUAUCACUCACAGUAACAGGAGUUCAGGGUUUUGCUGUUUAUUAUGGGAUUGUGGCAGGAUUUGGUGGGUUGUCCUUCAUCAUCAUCUUCAUCAUUCUGUUUAUUAGGAAACGCAGGAGAGAUCAUACAGCAGAAGACAUCAAGCAGAAGCAGUCUGAUCAGUGCAGGGCUGCUGAUGGCGUCUACACGACUCUUGAGCUUCAGUCCAGAUCUUCUCAAUAUGACACACUUACAGUAAACAGUCAUUAAACUCUCUAUGCCUCUGACAGACUGCACUGUACACUGAUGUAAUGUUGUGAUUUGUUGUUUAUCAUUACUAACAGUUAACAUUAACUAAUAUAUUUGUAUUGCAUUUACUAUGUUAAGAUUGACACAGAUUGACACAUAUAGUUUUUUUUUGUAUAUUAAAAAGAUGUUUGUUUAUCAUCAUAAAUCAUAAUGACCACUUUUCUGUGUUAUAAUCCUCAUCUGUAUCCCAGAAGAUACUUCUCGCUCUCUGAAGUUCAAACAGAUGCUGAUAGUCAAUAAAGAUGAUUGACUGAGAUGAUUGUUCAGUAUAUUGAGAGUCUGUCACAUCUUCAGUACAGUAAAGGUUAAGUGUGAAUUGUAAUUUAUGCUCUGACUCUUUUCUCUGUUGUUGCUUUAUGAUCUUCUGUAUCUGAGUUCUGCUUCAACUGUGGUUCUUCAUAUGACACAGUG